UCAACUGCGAAAAGAAUCAGCGAGAGACACCGGAGAGAGAGCGAGAGAUUAGAGACGAACUGACGAACUCCGAUAACCGUUGAUCAGAAACCAGCAUAAACCGUCGGGAUAUUAAAAAACGUGGGAAUCUGAAGACUGUGGGUUUGGAUUUUGAUGGGUUUGAAUGAGGUGAGCUGAAUGUCAUCAUUCGCCUGGACUCAAAUACGUACUCGAGCAUUGAUUGAAAGAAUGUCGACAUCAAAGAAAGUGAUAACAAGGGUGGACUGGGAGAAAAAGCUCAAUGAUGUAAAGAUUAGGAAAGAAGAUAUGAAUAAGCUGGUUAUGAAUUUUCUUGUAACAGAAGGUUUUGUUGAAGCUGCAGAAAAAUUUAAAAUGGAGUCAGGAACUGAGCCAGACAUAGAUCUUGCAACAAUAACAGAUCGUAUGGCUGUCAAGAAGGCGGUACAAUGUGGAAAUGUUGAUGAUGCACUUGAGAAAGUUAAUGAUUUGAAUCCCGAGAUACUAGAUACAAAUCCACAACUAUUUUUUCAUCUUCAACAACAAAGGCUGAUAGAACUGAUUCGCAAUGGAAAAGUUGAAGAAGCUCUUGAAUUUGCUCAAGAAGAGCUUGCACCAAGAGGAGAAGAAAAUGAAACCUUUUUGGAAGAGCUGGAGAGGACAGUAGCACUUUUGGCGUUCGAAGACUUCUCAAAUUGUCCUGUUGGAGAGCUUCUGGACAUAUCCCAACGUCUGAAAACAGCAAGUGAGGUGAAUGCUGCCAUCCUCACCAGCCAGAGUCAUGAAAAAGAUCCCAAGCUACCAAGCCUGUUAAAGAUGCUUAUUUGGGCUCAGAACCAACUCGAUGAGAAAUCUACAUAUCCAGGAAUCAACAACUUGGUUACGGCCGUUCUAGAAGACCCUGCUGUAUGAGUGGUGAAAAAGCUUCCCCCGUCUACGAAAGUUCAAGAGUGCUUUGGGGCGAUGGUCUCACAUGCCUUAUGCAAGGAGUGGUUGUAGCCGGUGUCGACUAUUUGAGAUUUACCAGCCAGCGGAUUAACAGGGAGUGUUAACAAUGUUGCCUGCCAUGAAAAGUAUAGUGAAAAAGACUUUAUAGAAUGCAAAACUUUAGCUUGUUUGCUCAAGUAGUAAGUGAAGAGACGAGCACCAGAUACAUAUUUGUCUAGUGAAAUGAAAGGUACCAAGAAAAACAAGUUAGUUGGUGGUGUUGCAAAAAUAGAUUCUCAUACAUUGUUUUUCUCCACUUAUUUUAUUUUUUCCUUUAAAGUUA